AUGAAUCUAUCUUCUAAAUUUGUUGCGUUUGCUUUGUUUUGUAUCGCUUUCAAUUUAAAUAAAGUGCAUCCUUCAAGAAUCCUUGGUCUAUUUCCAACACAUUCAAGAAGUCAUUUAAUAAUUCACAAAGCUAUUGCAGAAGCAUUAGCUGAACGUGGUCAUAAUGUCACAGUUGUUUCCAAUCAUGCACCAAUUAAAAAGACUCUUCAUUUCCGUUAUAUCUUUUUAGAUGUUCCAACAAUUUCUGAAAAUAUAUUUUCCGAAUCUAUCGACAAACGUCGGCCAUUUCAUGAAACUCUAACUCUAUUUAUUGAAGCAAAUUCAAGAAUUUCAAAUGCAAGUUUAAAUCAUCCGUUAAUGAAGAAGUUAAUGAAAGAAGAGUCCUUCGAUCUAGUUCUACUAGGAUAUUUUAUGAAUGAUUUUUUAUUCGGUGUAGCGGCACAUUUUAAAUGUCCUCUUAUUCUGUCGGUUACAGUUAGACCUGUGUCAACUGUAAAUGAUUUUGUUGGAAAUCCUCAGGAGUUUGCUUAUGUUCCAAAAACGAUGAUGAAAAAUGUUUCACUUGUUUUCACGGCCCAUCAUUUCAGUCAAGGCCCGGUUCGACCAGAUGUUCCAGCUAUGGUUGAAAUUGGAGGAAUUCAAAUCAAGGAUAAGCGUGAUCCUUUACCCGAGGACAUUCAAAAAAUAUUGGACAACUCAUCCCAAAACGGAGCAAUCUAUUUCAGUCUUGGGACAAAUGUUUACAAAAAUCAUUUAGAUCCAUUAAAAGUCAAGACCAUGUUCAAGGCUCUCUCAAAACUACCACAAACUAUCUUGUGUAAAUGGAGUGAUGAAGAACAUCCUUUAGAAGCUCCAAAUAUAUUUUAUAGAAAAUGGCUGCCACAGGUUGAUGUCCUGAGUCAUUCCAAUAUCAAACUUUUUGUUACUCAUGGAGGAUUGGGCGGUAUUAUCGAGGCCAAAUAUCAUGGUGUUCCGAUGGUGGGAAUUCCUCUAUUUAAUGAUCAAUAUUCUAAUAUGGAGGGUGUACAAAAUUCUGGGUUUGGUUUAAAUUUGGAAUAUGCAACUCUAACUGAGAAAAUUAUGCGGAAUGCCAUAAAAGAAGUUCUAUCCAACAAAACUUAUUUAGAGAAUGUUCGAAAAUUUUCAAGAAUUUACAAAGAUCGACCUAUGACCGCUAAGCAAACAGCUGUUUAUUGGGCAGAAUAUGUUAUUCGACAUCAUGGUGCUGCUCAUUUACAAAGUCCUGCAAUACAUAUGAACACUAUACAGUUAAUGUCACUGGAUGUUAUUGGAUUUUUGCUUUCUGUUUUAUAUCUAAUUAUGAAGGCCAUGGGAAUUGUUUUGUCAUGCUUUAAGGUAAUGUUUAGUAGAAAUAAAACAAAGAAAGAAUAA